AAAAAGAAAAAAGAAAAAAGAAAAAAAAAAGAAGCACCUUUGCACUUCUAGCUUUUCCAAAUCCAACUUGUCAUAAAGAUGAAAAGUUUCUUUGCGCUCCUAGCCUUCUCUUCACUUCUUUUGUUGUCAAGUACCAUCAUAGCAAGGAAAGAGCCUGUUGAAUAUGUGAAGACUGUCGUGGAGCAAGUUGCUAAAGAUCUUUCUGUAGAUCCAUCAUUCGCUGUCCCUUUUUACCGCAGUAACAAAAAUGGCCAAUCUGUUGACCCAUCAUCUGCUGUCCCCUUUCACCAUGGAAAUAAAAAUGGCCUUUCUAUAGAUCCAUCAUCCGCUAUCCCUGUUUAUCGUGGUAACCAAAAUGGUCAAUCUAUUGAUCCAUCAGCUGCUAUCCCCAUUUACCAUGGUAACCAAAAUGGCCAAUCUAUUGACCCAUCAUCUGCUCUCCUCAUUUACCGCAUUAACCAAAAUGGUCUUUCUAUAGAUCCAUCAUCUGCUGUCCCCUUUUACCAUGGAAAUAAAAAUGGAUUUUCUAUUGAUCCAUCAUCUGCUGUCCCCUUUUACCAUGGAAAUAAAAAUGGUCUUUCUGUAGAUCCAUCAUCUGCUAUCCCUGUUUACCAGGGAAACCAAAAUGGUCAAUCUAUUGACCCAUCAUCUGCUGUCCCUGUUUACCGUAGUAACCAAAAUGGCCAAUCUAUUGACCCAUCAUCUGCUGUCCCCAUUUACCAUGGAAAUAAAAAUGGCCUUUCUGUAGAUCCAUCAUCCGCUAUCUUUGUUUAUCGCGGUAACCAAAAUGGUCAAUCUAUUGAUCCAUCAUCUGCUAUCCCUGUUUACCGUGGUAACCAAAAUGGCCAAUCUAUUGACCCAUCAUCCGCCAUCCCCGUUUACCACGGUAACCAAAAUGGCCAAUCUAUUGACCCAUCAUCCGCUCUCCUCAUUUAUCGCAUUAACCAAAAUGGUCUUUCUAUAGAUCCAUCAUCUGCUGUCCCCUUUUACCAUGGAAAGAAAAAUGGAUUUUUUGUUGAUCCAUCAUCUGCUGUCCCCUUUUACCAUGGAAAUAAAAAUGGUCUUUCUGUAGAUCCAUCAUCCGCUAUCCCUGUUUACCAGGGAAACCAAAAUGGUCAAUCUAUUGACCCAUCAUCUGCUGUCCCUGUUUACCGUAGUAACCAAAAUGGCCAAUCUAUUGACCCAUCAUCUGCUGUCCCCAUUUACCAUGGAAAUAAAAAUGGCCUUUCUGUAGAUCCAUCUUCCGCUAUCUUUGUUUAUCGCGGUAACCAAAAUGGUCAAUCUAUUGAUCCAUCAUCUGCUAUCCCUAUUUACCGUGGUAACCAAAAUGGUCAAUCUAUUGACCCAUCAUCUGCUGUCCCCGUUUAUCGCGGUAACCAAAAUGGCCAAUCUAUUGACCCAUCAUCCGCUCUCCUCAUUUACCGCAUUAACCAAAAUGGUCUUUCUAUAGAUCCAUCAUCUGCUGUCCCCUUUUACCAUGGUAACCAAAAUGGCCUUUCUAUGGAUCUAUCAUCCGCUGUCCCCUUUUACCGCGGAAUCAAAAAUGGCCUUUCUGUUGACCCAUCAUCUGCUGUCCCCUUUUACUAUGAAAACAAAAAUGGCCUUUCUGUAGAUCCAUCAUCUGCUGUCCCCUUUUAUCGCGGUAACCAAAAUGGUGAACAAAACUCUAAAGCCAAUGAAAAAGGUGCCACCAAAAAUCUUUCCACUGACCAAUAAAAUGUAGAAGCAGAUGAUAAGGAAAAUCAAACUUCAAAAGAAAAUCCAAUCAAGAGGAUCUCUAUUGUUAUAAUAAAAAUAAUAAAGGAUUGUACUUUGAAGUUUGUGAAUGCCGUAUAUGGCAAAGUGUAUUAGUACCUUGAAUGAUGUAUGUUCUAUGUAUGCUAUUUUCUAGUUAAAUAAACUUUUAAGGCUUGUUUUAUAUCUAAA